AUGGAACAAGAAAAAGAAGAAGAAGAGGAAGAAGAAGAUUUCAUGUCAGAUAAGUUUUUAAUUCCAAUCAAUAAUACUUCAUCAACUUCAACUUUAACAUAUUCAGAUAAACGUAAAAGAAAACAAAUCGAAUCAUUAAACAAAUCAUAUAAGAAAUCAAGAGCUGAACAAGAAAUCGAAGCAAGAGAAGAAGGAUUAAGAAAUGACUUGAUUGCUAAUCAAUUCAAAUCCAUCAAAGAAUCUGAUUCAAAAGAUCCAUCGAUUCCAACUACUACUCAUUCCAAAGCAGUUCAAAUGAUGUUAAAAAUGGGAUUCCAACCUGGUAAAGCUCUUGGUAAACAACCUACAACCGAGCCAAUCGAAUCAAAUCUUUCGAAAAAAACCACAAACUCUCAAAUCCAAUCACAUGAAGCCUUCCCCAACCAAGCUAGUUCUUCACACAAACCAUUAAUCACGCCAAUCGAAAUCAAACUACGUAAUGGUCGUGGAGGAAUAGGAACCGAAAAACCUACGAAAGCACGUUAUCAAUUUUCGAAACCUCACCAAGAUUUAAAUGAAGAUGAAAUCAAAGCACAAAAAGAGUUUUUUGAAAAAUCGAAAUCUAAAUUUGAUAUACGUAAAAUCGAAUCGAAUCUAUCUAAAGCUCGUAGAACUUGUCAAGAAUUAGAUUUACGUAAUGGGAUUGAAGAAAACGUUUUAUGGCUUGAUCCUUAUUCUGAUGAAAUUCGAGAUGAAGUCAAUGGAUUGGAUACGGAUGAGAAAAGGUUGAAGGGAUUGAAAGAUCCUAAUGUGUUUGAAACAACUGUGGUUUCAACUGAAGAAGAAGAAGAAGAUAUAUCUGAUCGAGAAGAGAAGGCUUCCUGGCUUGCAUUGGAUUCUGCCAGUCGUUUAAUACACACAUUACGAUACCUACGCCAAGAGUAUUUUUAUUGUAUAUGGUGUGGUUGUCAAUACGAUUCUCUGGAAGAAUUAAAUCAAGAAUGCCCUGGUGAAGAUGAAGAUGAUCAUUAA